AUGACAGCCACCCUCCCCGCGCGGGACGCGGACCGCGACCCCGUCGGCCUGGCGUCGCCGCCAGAGUCCGUCUCUGACAGGCCCAAGUGGGCGCUCAUGGCCCUCGACCCAAGCGGGAAGAGGCAGCUGCUGGUCAGGCAGCUGGUGUCGGGCAUCGAGUCGGACGCCAUGGUGUUCCGCGAGCUCGCGGGCGGCGGGGGGGACAACGACAUCGACAUCGACGCCGGGGGGCUCUCGGUCGCCAAGUGGAACAAGAAGCCGUUCCCCCCGGCCAAGAUGGCGCGGGGCAGCCGCGAGGUGCGCGUCGCGAAGAUGCUGGCGGGCUCGGCCGCGGCGCGCCGGUUCGCGGCGCUGCUGGCGGCGCAGGACAUGAGGGGCGGCUACCGCGAGAGCUGGUGGCGGCACUACAACCUGGGCGACAUGCACGACGUCGUCAGCGCCGGCUUCCGGGGGUCGCAGGCGCCGGCGAGCCUCGUGUUCCGGUGGGUGGCGCAGUGCCUCGAGGGCAUCGCGUGCCUCGACGGGGAGCUGGGCGCGCGGCACAUGGACCUCCACCCGGGCAACGUCUUCUUCCACACGGACGGGGGCGACGUCGACGCCGUGCUGGGCGACUUUGGGCAGGCGCGCCUCGCGGGCGAGCGGCCGCCCGUCUUCAGCAGCGGCGAGGAGGAGCUGUCCGCGAUGGGCGCCGAGGGGGGGAGGGCGGCGCGGAUGUCGCCGCCCCUCAGCCUGGACGAGGCCAAGGGGGACGAGGACUACUCGUGGCGCACGCGCUGGGACGCGCGCCAGUUCCUCGACCAGAUCGCCAACACGCUCAUGAACGGGUUCGGCGGCGGCGAGAGGGAGGAGGCCGGCGACGACCUCCUCCUGGCCGGCUUCUUCGCCAGCCUGGAGGCCAUGGUCGCCCGCGACGAGGCCGACCGCCGGCUCCCCGAGCGCCAGCGGCCCCCGCUGCAGGACCUGGCGCCGCUGGUCCGCGACGCGUGGGAGCUCUCCCGGCUGUGCGCGUGGGAGGCGGCCGACGGGGCCGCGGCGCGGCAGGUCCGCGCGAACCUGCUGGCCGGGCUGGCGGGGAUGCCGUCGGGGGUGCAGGUCUUUGACAGCGAGGGUGCGGCGCGGGAUGCCUACGAGAGGCACGUCGGCGCCGGGAUGCUGCGGGUCGUGGACCUGUCUGAUGACGGCCGGUCGGUGAGGGCCGCGGCCGCGGAGCUCGCGGCGUUCAAGGUCGCCGGCACCGCGUGGGUGGCGCCGCCGCCGUCGACCAGCUCGACGCCUGCCACGAGCGGCGCCGCCGAGGAGAGGCCGCUGGCGCUGGUCUGCGAGGAGCUCGUGAGCAGGUACGCCCGGUAG